AUGACGCAAUCCCCCGGCCUGACCGUCUACGGCGCCCUGUGGUGCCCCGACUGCCGCCGCUCCAAGCAGUUUCUCGCCGAGCACCGCGUACCCUAUCGCUGGGUCGACAUCGAGCAGGAACCCGAGGCCCAGGACACCGUCCGCCAGCUCAACGACGGCCGGCAGAUCAUCCCCACCAUCGUUUUCGAUGACGGCGGUCCCAUCCUGGUCGAGCCAUCCAACGCCGAACUGGCCGUCCGCCUGGGCAUCAACCCCCAGGCCAGCCGUUCCCACUACGAUCUGAUCAUUGUCGGCGCCGGCCCGGCGGGUCUGACCGCCGCCAUCUACGCCGCCCGCGAGGGCAUGGACACCCUGGUCAUCGAGCGCGGCGGCGUCGGUGGCCAGGCCGGCUCCACCGAGCGCAUCGACAACUAUCCCGGCUUUGCCGAGGGCAUCAGCGGAGCCGAGCUUGCCGACCGUAUGCGCCAGCAGGCCGAGCGCUUCGGCGUCGAACUCCUCGUCGCCCAGACCGUCGCGUCGAUCAACCCCGGUCCGGAUUCCGGUGGCGUCCGCACCGUGACCACCGAGACCGGCCAGGAGUACCGCGCUCCCUCACUGCUGCUCACCCCCGGCACCCGGUAUCGGCGGCUCAACGUUCCCGGCGAGGAGGACUUCAUCGGCGCCGGCGUCCACUUCUGCGCCACCUGCGACGGCCCCUUCUACCGCGACAUGGAGACCCUCGUGGUCGGCGGCGGCAACAGCGGCGUCGAAGAGGGCCUGUUUCUCACCCGCUUCGCCUCCCAUGUAACCGUGCUGGAGGUCGGCGACCGUCUCCGCGCCAGCCAGGUGCUGCAGGACAAGGCGGCCGCCCAUCCCCAGAUGGACAUCCGCCUCAACACCACCGUCCGGGAGUUUCGCGGCGAUGGCAAGCUCUCCUCCGUGCUCGUCGAAGACCUCACCACUGGUCGGCAGGAAGAACUCCACCCGGCCGGCGUAUUCGUCUUCAUCGGCCUGGAUCCCAACACCGGCUUCCUGUCCGACACGGUGGAGUUGGACCCGCGCGGCUUCAUCGUCACCGGCUCCGGCCCGCGCUCCUCACAGAUGGAAACCAAUCGCCACGGUAUUUUCGCCGCCGGCGACGCCCGGGCCGGCAGCACCAAGCAGGUCGCGUCCGCCGUGGGCGAGGGAGCCGCUGCCCUCAUCGCCAUCCGCGCCCACAUGGAAGACGAAAUCCGCAAUCGCGGCUACCGUGGGGACAACUGA